CGCCAGUAUCCGCCGUGCACCGUAUCAGUACGCACGCCCGAGUAAAAUCAGUCUGCUUCGGCGUUUGCGUAUUCAGUGUGCGACGCUCACCUGAAGGUUUAGGGAAGAUGGCACAGCUAUGCGGCGGAGGCGUAACGCCCGCAAUUAAUUUUGGUAGAUUGUGUCUUAAGCAAGGGUGGAAAUCAGGUUCCAUUUGCCAAAACAUUUAUAUAAGGAAUGUUUCAAGCCUGGUUGUUGGAGAACCUGAUGGACCAAGUGUAAAAACAUCCAUUCCAGGUCCAAAGUCAAAGCAGCUACUAGAUGAACUAAGCGCUAUACAGCAAUCUGGAUCAGUACAACUUUUUGUUGAUUAUGACCGCUCCAUUGGUAAUUAUAUAGCAGAUGUUGAUGGAAAUGUUCUGCUUGAUGUGUACACUCAGAUAUCGUCACUGCCUCUUGGGUACAAUCAUCCAGAUCUUUUGAAAUUGCUUGAUAACCCUUUUAAUGUGAAAGCAAUUGUAAAUCGACCUGCACUUGGAGUAUUCCCAGGAUCUGAUUGGCCAAAAAAAGUUAAAAAUAUCCUUCUUGAUGUUGGCCCCAAGGGACUGAGCCAUGUCACUACAAUGAUGUGUGGUUCAUGUUCAAAUGAAAAUGCAUUCAAGAACAUCUUCUUCUGGUAUCGCAAAACUCAGAGAGGUGAAAAUAUAGAUUUCACUGAAGAUGAAAGGUCAUCUUGCAUGAUAAAUCAAUCACCUGGCUCUCCACCUCUGAGCAUUCUAUCAUUCAAAGGUGCAUUUCAUGGACGCACCCUUGGUGCACUAUCUACCACACAUUCAAAAUAUAUUCACAAAAUUGAUGUGCCAGCAUUUGACUGGCCAAUUGCAUCAUUUCCGGAGUACAAAUAUCCUUUAGAAGAACACAAGUCAGAAAAUGAAGCUGAGGACAGAAGAUGUCUGGCUGAGGUUGAGGAUCGUAUCACUGAAUAUAAUAAACUUGGGAAGAAUGUAGCAGGAGUAAUAGUUGAGCCAAUACAAGCAGAAGGUGGAGACAAUGCUGCCUCUCCAGAAUUCUUUCAGCAGUUGCAGAGAAUUUGUAAAAAGUAUGGCUGUGCAUUUUUCGUGGAUGAAGUACAAACAGGUGGUGGUCCAACAGGCAAAAUGUGGUGCCAUGAACAUUUCAAUCUGGAUUCCCCACCUGAUAUUGUGAGUUUCAGCAAAAAGAUGCAGCUUGGAGGGUACUACAUGAAGGAAGAGUUUAGGCCUUCACAACCAUACAGAGUAUUUAAUACGUGGAUGGGUGACCCUGGUAAACUACUGCUGCUUCAAGGAGUUCUUUCAGUUAUAAAGAGAGAUUCACUUCUCUCAGUUGUCCAGAAGUCAGGAGAGAAACUUCUCAAUGGAUUAUAUGAUUUGCAGAAAGAAUUUCCUGCUCUGCUUUUUGCAGCAAGAGGCCGGGGGACAUUUCUUGCUAUCAGCUGCACAUCAACAAAGCUGCGUGAUGACUUGGUGAACAGGUUAAAACAGAAAGGAAUACAAUCUGGGGGAUGCGGAGAGUACAGCAUUCGUAUACGACCAGCUCUGAUAUUCCAGACCCAACAUGCUGAAAUUUUUCUGGACCAAUUCCGACAAGUUCUACGUGAAACUAAAUAAACCCAGUUGUGGAGAUCAGUUCUGGGGCGUAAUUUUAAAAACCUAAUAGUUGACUUCUCUACAGAAAUUUAUUGGAUUUUUAAAUUUCUUUACAUAAACAAUAAGCUGUAUACACAGCACGGAGAAGCAAACAAUUGUAAUACAUUAUCUUCUUGGAAAACAGAAGAAAAAACAUGUCUGAAAAUAAUUUUUUAAUACUUACCUAAUAUUAUUAGUAAAAAUUUUAAUAAUUCACUGAAGUUGAUGUGUACUACAUUAAUAGAGCUUUAUUUACUGGCACGACAAACAUUUAACUAUUUUUAUUAUUAAUUUUUUUAAACUGUUUUACACUUGCUGCUUUGUUGGCAUAAUAAUGUCUUUGUGUUGUAAAAUUUUUGUAUUGAUUUUUAUGAUUGUGAGAUUUUAACUCCUGCAAGAUUGUUGUGUUCAGUCUUGCAAAGAGUAUGUUGUUGAAGACACCAAAGAGAUUAACCAGUGCAACUAAAAGUGAAAGCCAUCUAAAAAUGAAUAAAAAAAAAAAAAUUCUGGAUAUGUUGCCAAUAUUCCUGAAGAUUGUUUAAACAGAGAUGGUGUAAGAUAGUGUAACAUUUGAUAAUACUUUUAAAAACUGACAAUUCACUUAUAUCAUAAAUAACAUUCUGCAAUUUAAAGACUGUAAUUUGCAUUUACUGAUUUUGUUUUAUUUUUUCCCAUUGUACUUUUCAUAUUUUGUGUGUUGCACAAAAUUCUUAUGAUGAAUGCAUUUUUUUGUUUAGCAUCUAAUGUUGUGCUUUAGUUCAUUUAUGUUGUACAUAUAUUUCGCAUGAAUUAGUGUUCUUCCAUUGGUCCACUUUUAUAUUUUUUACCUUCCUAUUGUCAUUACACAUGGUCUGUCCAAUGCCGAAUGCUGAACUGUGUAACAAAAUUGAAGAAGUAAAAGUACAAAAGAAAAAUAUAUAGGAGCCUCACAAAAUCCUGAGAUAAAAUUUUCUUUUAUUUCCUUGCCACAGUUCACAUUCUGAAAUAAAGAUCAUCACUUUUUGCUUCUCUGUAACCUGUUUAUGAAACUGAUUACUAGUCUUAAACAUUCAAGUAAAACAUCCUAGAGACAGUAGCUCUAUUAUUUAUUGGCAGCUAAUGAUAUCUAAUAUAGACUGCUGGAAAAAUCAAUAUCAUAACUUUUCCUUCUGUGUUUCAAGAAUGUGUCAUUAAGCUGUUCCAACUUCACAAUGGUGCUCCAAAUGUUGAUGUUAUGGAGAUAUAAACAAUUAAAAUAAUGAAAGGAGUAGAAAAGGCUGAAUGAGAAAAGUACAAAAUGAAUGUAACUUUUUUUUAGUUACCAUGGAGCAGUCAAUUGGCACAUUAUUUGCUUUCCCAUGUGUAAAUGAAGAAAAUAAGCUGUUUUGACUAUACAUAUAUGUCACCAAUAGAUAUUAAGUAUGGUAGUCUUCCAAAAUACUGAUGUUUCAGCAAUACUAAUUCAUGUGUCAUGUUUUGUUUGUCAGAGAGAGAGAGAAUUAGCACACAUAAAUGCCUUGUAUUAUAUAGAAAGUUUAUUUACUCCCAAGUAUUGUAAUUACUUCUGAUAGCUAGAUUUUAUUACUCUCUGUUAUGGUAUUGUAUUUAUCGAAAAAUAUCAAAAUAAUUGUUAGAAUUGACACAUAAUAUGCAGACUGCAUGAAACAGUUAAUGAAGUCAGUAUAUUAAUUGAAACUUAGAUUUCAUAUUCUAGUGAUUGGUUGUAUAUUGAAUGAUGCUGAGUUAAUUUGUCUAAGGUAGUUUCACUGUAUAGGACUGAAUUUAUUUUAACUGUGCUUUUUAUAAUUUUUCUUUUAAAGAAAGUAAGAUAUUGUUAGCUUAAUCAGCAAUCAUUGUCAGUAAUUUAGUAGACUGAAUAUGAAACGCUUGUGUUCAUCAAGUCUUCCAAACACAGCCAUAUAUUUAUAUGAUACAGUAACAUCAUUGUAUAUUUAACAAAAAAAAUUUGAAAAAUAAAGGUCACAUUUUGCUGGUAAA